UAGACGAUCAGAAAGUGACAAGAUGUUUAAAGUGCUGGUACUAGCAGUAUGCGUGUACGCCGCAGCGGCGGCCGAGCAACGUAACGGGAACGCGAACCGCUAUUUUGUUUACACUAGGGGAAAUUUUAACAAUCCACAAGAAAUAAUCGUGAACGAUCUCACGACCAUCACUCAAUCAGGAGUAGAGUUAUCCCGGGACACGGUCCUGUUAAUACACGGUCACCAGAGUACGGCGUUCAAUUCUUUAAACCCUACAGUCAAGAACGCAUACCUACAGAAUUUUGAUGUUAACGUGAUCGUGGUGGAUUGGUCGACGGUGGCUCGCUUGGAUUAUAAACUAAGCGUUACAAACGUCCCCGGCGUGGGCACGGCCGUUGGCGAUCUAAUCAGCUUGUUGCUGGACGCUAACAGAGUUGAUCUACGCAGAAUACAUAUAGUAGGUUUCAAUUUGGGUGCUCACGUCGCUGGCUUCGCUGGAAGGAGAUUGCAAGGACGAGUUGCAAGAAUCACUGGCCUGGACCCAUCCGGAAACCAAUGGGACACCAAUUCGGGCCGUUUAUCUGAGAGUGACGCUGAAUACGUUGAAGUAAUUCAUACCGAUAGUGAGGGACUUUUCUCUAAUGGCCUCAAGGAUGCCAUUGGUGAUGUAGACUUCUACCCGAACGGUGGCAGCAAGCAGCCGGGCUGCGGCCUGUCAAACUCUUGCAGUCACAUCCGCGCCUGGGAGUUAUUCGCGGCAACUUUACGCGAAGACAACGAGCUAUCUGGAAAUAGUUGCUCUAAUUUCCUACAGUUGUCUUGGAACAGAUGUAAUGGAGAUGCACUCGCGAUGGGCGACCACCAGUUUUCAAAACGAGGGAGCGGUAUUUACAGAGUCAAUACCCGCAGCAGCGCACCUUUUUAAUCGAUACGAAAAUGAAACAACUUCAAGAGACUCAAAUUAAACAAACUGUAUUUGUAUAAAAUUUUCUUAAGGCUAUAUUCAUAAUAAAUUUUUGUUUACACUUA